CCUACUCAUAGGCUAGAAUAGGAACGAUGUAUCAUUGGUUGAUAAUUCAGAACGGUACGAAUAUAGUGUUGCGCUACACACGCACCCGAAGAAGCCCACUGGAGUUGUGUCCAUGAUAGACUUUUUAAAAACCUUUCGGUGGAAUUGAUCUGGGUGGUAGGACAGGUGUGGCUCACGGAAUCAAAGGUAUUAUGGAAGUUUAGCAUUUGUAAAGAGUUUGCUUUUGACAUGUUACCAAGCCCAUCUAGUCUUGUGCUGACACAGACAACACUCCAUAGUGGAUCUGAUCCGUUUGGGCUCUUUUAACAGUCGCUGGCAUAUUCAAAAGGUGAAAGUUAAUUAACAUUAAUCGUCACAGUCGUUUAGGCUUCCAUCUGUCUAACACUGGGUAUCAUGGCGAAGCUUCAAGGAUUUGAAUUCUGGAAAACUACCCUAAAAGGAGCUCGAUAUGUGGUUGCGCCCAUGGUGGACCAGAGUGAAUUAGCAUGGAGGCUUCUCAGUCGAAGACACGGCGCGGAGCUUUGCUACACACCUAUGUUUCAUGCCCAGGUGUUCGUGAGAGAUGUUAAUUAUCGCCGUGAGAACCUGUACAGUGAAGUAUGUCCUGAAGAUCGACCACUGAUUACACAGUUUUGUGCCAAUGAUCCAGAGGUAUUUAUCCAAGCUGCUCUAUUGGCACAAGAUUACUGCGAUGCCAUUGACCUAAACCUGGGAUGCCCUCAAAUGAUCGCGAAAAGAGGUCACUAUGGCGCCUUUCUCCAAGAUGAGUGGGAGCUGCUUGAGAAGAUGAUUAAACUGGCAAAUGAGAAACUCUCGGUUCCCAUCACUUGCAAGAUUAGAGUUUUCCCUGAGAUUGAGAAGACCGUAAAGUAUGCCAAGAUGUUGGAGAAAGCUGGAUGCCAGCUUCUGACUGUUCAUGGCCGAACCAAAGAUCAGAAAGGUGCUAUGACCGGAAUCGCUAGCUGGGAGCACAUCAAGGCUGUAAGAGAGGCGGUGAACAUCCCAGUUUUUGCCAAUGGAAACAUUCAGCACUUGAGUGAUGUGCAGCGAUGCAUGGAGGAAACGGGGGUCCAUGGCAUCAUGAGUGCAGAGGGGAAUCUGCAUAACCCAGCCUUGUUUGAGGGUCGUAGCCCCCCAGUGUGGGAAAUGGCGGAAGAGUACCUUGAAGUGGUCCAGAAACAUCCCCCUUGCUCCUUGUCCUUUGUGCGCGCCCACCUCUUUAAGCUCUGGCACCACACGCUACAGAUCCACCAGGACCUGAGAGAAGAGUUGGCCAAAGUCAAAAACAUCGAGGGCUUAGCAGAGGUCAGCCGUCAGCUCAAGCUACGCUGCCAGGAGGAGAUAGCCAAGGGUGAGACGGACACCAGUUGCUCUGGUGGACUGCCCCAGCCUCACUGGAUCUGCCAACCAUAUGUCCGACCGCCGCCAAAGGAGCCAGGGAGUGAGAACACCCCCAAAGAUCCAGAGGUCAAGGGGGCAAAGAGAGCCUUGGAGGACACCGACAACACAACAGAUUCCCUCUCCAAAAACAAGCAAAAGAAGAAAGCCCGUAACCCCAACAAGAACUUCUGUCUUGAACAAAAACCAAAGUACAUCAAGUGUGAGCAGUGUGGAAACCCUAAAGGAAAUAAGUGCGUCUUCAGCUUGUGUCGUGGCUGCUGUAAGAAGGCAGCCUAUAAAGCAGUGGCCGAUUGCCCAGGUCAUGGGCUGAGGUUCAAGACUAAAGCACUGAAGAUUCAGGCGGCCGAGAUGGAGAACGGUCAACUCAACGGAAGCAUCCAGGAGGAGUCUCCCUCCAUCCCACCCGAUCAGCCAGUCGCCCAAGCCGUGGCAUAACACACACACACACACACACACACACACACGGGCCUCCCAAUCACUGCCGUCUACCAUCUCAGCGAGUCACGUCAAUGGUGUUGCAGACAACAACAACCACCACAAAAACUAAAAGAACAUAAACCCAGUGGAGAUUAUUUGAGUUGAUUUGAAUUUAAAUGACAUCCACAUCAACACUUAACUCCUUCCCUCUGAGGAGUGCUGUCAGCCGGGUGCUGUGCAGUGGUCCCCGGGGCAGACUGGACUGAUGGCGGAUGUGCUCCUGCCCUCUCGCCAGGAACUGAGAAGCCCAGUCAAAGGCCUCUGCUGCUGUGAUAGUUUUUUUGUUUUGUUACAUAUGAAUCAUAUUUCCCUGAGGAGGCAGUAAGGAGUGGGCACAUAUCUGGUCAACUUUUAUCUUGGACUUGAAAGAAUUUGUUUUAUGCAGUUGUUUUGAUUAUCAUACAUAUAUUUUAAAAAUCUUUUUGCUGUUUUGGUGAUGGUGUUUUUUUUUUUUUUUCUUUUCUUUUGAUCAAAUGACCACUUUUUGCCAUAGUUGUACCAAAGCAAAACAGUGAAUGGUGCCGGUCCUAUCUAACAUAAGUGCAUUUUCAUCUAUAAACUUCUCAUGUUAAGAA